UUUUUUUUUUUUGAGAGGGGAAGUUCUUCACUCUUGUUUGUGAUGUGAAGAAACAACAGUCGCCAUCUGUCGGAUCGUGAUUUUGAAAAAAAAAAAAAAAAGGAAGAAAAAGACACUACUUGAAGUCACUCUUUGUGUGCGGCUCUUGUCGGACCAUCGAUCCAUCACGCGUGAAGAAGAAAAAAAAAAAUAGGGGAAAUUUUAUUUCUAUAUUUCUUUUUCUUUCUCAAGAAUUGACGUACGUCUUCGCUCUGAAACUUGUUGUGUGAACGCAUUCGUGGUGCAGCAGACGAGCAGAGGAUUGUGUCAACUCUUUCCUGCCCUUUGUGACGUCAUCCUGCCCAACGGUCGUUCCUCCCCCUUUUGUCUUUGUGCGGUCUUAAGUGCGUUCGUGCUUUGACUCGAUUGAUUGAUCGGAACAACAGAUUUUUUUUGUUGUUUUGCUUCUUUUUGAUUGACGAGCGAAUCGAAAGAGAGAAAAACAAGUGGAUAAUCGAUCAGACAGUGAACAGAGUGUCUUUUUUUUUUCCGUUGAAAUCAUCGGCACACAACGAGCGUUCAAACAGCAAAUCGGCUAGUGGCCAUCGUAUCUGCUACGUUUGGUUUUGGUUUUAAACGAAAACAAAACAAAAAAAAAAUUAUUUUGAAAUUAUUAUUAUGGCCGUUGUGAACGUCAAUCUUAAUAACAUGAUCAAUGCCAAAGACUCGCGCUGGCUCCAGCUGGAGGUCUGCCGCGAGUUCCAGCGCUCCAAGUGCUCCCGUUCCGACUCGGAGUGCAAAUUCGCUCAUCCGCCCGCCAACGUCGAGGUGCAGAAUGGACGCGUCAUCGCCUGCUACGACAGUAUCAAGGGACGAUGCAACCGUGAGAAGCCGCCGUGCAAGUACUUUCACCCGCCGCAGCACCUCAAGGACCAGCUGCUGAUCAACGGGCGCAACCACCUGGCUCUCAAGAACGCCCUGAUGCUUCAGAUGGGCAUGGCACCGGCUGGCCAGUCCGUCUUACCCGGACAGAUCCCCACUAUCGACUACGAGUUUCGGCCGGUGAGAUGUCUACCGUCUUCCGUUCACGAUUGGUGUGAAAUGUCUGCGUCUCCUUACCUGGCGGGAAUGCCACAGUUGAGCUCGCCCUACAGUCACUACGUCAGCGCCAGUCCAAUGCUGCAGGUGGUCUCGCCGGCCGAGGCGGCCGUCAACUCGCAGUUGGGCGUCGUGGCAGCCGCUCAGGCCGGUGGCGCUGGAGUCGGUGGCUACGGGGCGCCGGCCAACAAGCUCCAACGAUCCGACCGCAUCGAUAUGGACGUAUGUCAGAACAACAACCCUUCGACAUCUGGACUCGAUCAACAACAGUUGCAACUGCUUCCGAUGAAUUUAACGAUGGAUAAUGGCAACAUAAUGAACGCGGCCGCAACUACCGCCCUGCGCAUGGCCAAGAGACAACGAGACGCGGUCGAUGAAGAACAUAUUCUUACGAACGAACUCAACCAGCUGCCCAGCAGCAACACUACGUUCUAUUUUCCGGCUUAUCCGGGAAUGAUGCCAUACAAGCGGUCGGCUGGCGACAAGACUUCAGCGAACAUGGCGGCUGUCUACCAGCAACAUCAGCAGAGCGCGGCCAACGCGUCGCACGCGGCGAUGACAGCAGCGGCGGCCUAUCAAGCGCAGGCCUUGAUGCAGUUGCAGCAGCAGCCUUACGGCGUUCCCGUCUCAUGUGAGUACAACACUCUGGUCACCUCCUCCUCCUCCACCUCCUCCUCCACCAACCCCUCCACAACUAGCAAUCAAGCUGUCACAAUCAACAAUCUAGCAGCUACUACCACUACUACUGCCACUACUACUACUACUACUACUACUUGCGCUACCACUGCCGCUCCGCUUGCUCCGGCUGCUUCUGGUUUGGUAGCCACGGUGGCGGCAGCAGCGGCGGCAAUUGUCACUACCCCGUCCUCAGUUGCCCCUUCCUGCACCUCCUCCGGAGGUCUCCUUAUCGCAACCAAUCCUAGUUCUUCUUCUUCCUCCUCUUCUUCUUCUUCUUCCAUUUCUUCUUGUUUGACUGCCACCACAACCACAACCAACAGCUCCCUGUUACUCAACCCAAUCGCUUCCAGUGCUUCUUCUUCUUCUUCCUCCUCCUUCAAUCCAAUUUUACCCGCAAUGUCAUCGUCAGCUGGUGGUGGUGGUGGUAUCGGCGGCAACAAUAAAUUGCCGACCGGUGGCGGCGGCGGCCUCCUCCAGCCGCCCACCGGUUUGAGCUUAGCCUUGACCAACGGCAAUGCGGCUGCUUACGAAGCGGCCACUUUGGCCGCUCUGACCAAUUUCUCCAACGCCAAACGGGCAGAAGAGUGCGAGCGAGCGGCGGCCGAAAUGGAAGCCCUGGCGGCUGCGGCCGCGGCCGAACAAGAGGACAACCAUUUCGGCUUGGCCGCCAGCUCGUCGUUGUGCAUGAGUAACAACAGCAACAGCAACAGCAGCAACAACAACAGCCUUAGCAGCGGCUGCAUUAAUAAUAAUAAUAGUAGUCAUGUUAGUACGAGCACGAUUAGUAACAGUCAUGGUAGUAGUAGCAUUAGCAAUCAUUUCCCAUUGGCCGUUGGGGCGGCGGCAGCAUCGGCCCCACCGACGAUAUGCUCGUCGGUCGCCCUCACCACGCUGACCAGUUCGAUUGGCGCCGGUAUCAAACGUCCGCGUUCGCCCAAUUGCACGUCCAGCCAACCGCACCCAAUGUCCUCGUCUGUAGUGUCGCAAUUCUCGCGCAAUUCGCCCGGCCUCCUUUCCUUCCCGCCUUCGUCCUCGUCCGGGUCGGUCGGGGCGGCGGCAGCUGCGGCGGCAGCGGCAGCCGCUUUGCAUUACUCUGCGUUACAGCCGCAAACGGCUUUGGCCUACACUGGCGUCUCGUUGAAUAAGCAGCAGCAGCUGGCUCAGCAGCAGCAGCAGCAACAACAACAACAACAACAAUCGCAACAGCUCGCCGCCGUUAGCGCUGCCUCAAUGGCUUCCGGUUCGGCCUCGUUUUCGCAUCAGAUCCAGACGAGUUUGGCUCAGGCGAUGCAACAGCAGUACCAACACUAUCUGAAUCCGUACUAUAGUCUGGCACAGGCGCAGGUCCAGCAACAGGUCACUCCGUCGGCCUUUGCCAAUGCGCAAUACGGCGUCAAUCCGUUCGCAACGGCCGCCGGAAGCGCAAGCCAUUUGCUGAAUAGCGGACACGCCGCCUUGGGGCUGGCUCUGUCGCACCAUCACGGGCUAGCGGGAGGAGGAGGAAGCCAACUCGGCCAUCAUCAGGGCAUGAAUGCCGGCCAAUUGCCUCAGGCUCAAGCGGUGGCCGCUGCCGCGGCAGCUCAGCAGAUUCAGGCCCAGCAACAGUUGGCAGCCCUCCAGCAGUUGAUGCAGCAAAAUCCGGGGCUGAUGGCCGCCGCCGCUGCGGCUGGUGGCUACCAUCAGCUGUCGGGUGGCCAUCAUUUGGCCGGCUCUGGGCCCGUUGUUGUCGGAGCCAACGCGUCCAAUUCCUCCCAUCAGGCCAAUCAGGCAGCGAGCAGCGCUCUGGGUAUGUACGCGGCCGCCGCCCAACAGCUGGGCGGUCACUUUGGUAGUUUAGCUCAUUUCAAUCAGCCGCCGAGUCAGCAACAACAACAACAACAACAGACGCAAAUGCACCAGUCGCAGUACAUUCAGUCGUUGACUGGUCAGGCGGCCGCUUUGGGACGCGCCGGUGGCGUCAUGCCCGGCGUUGUCGGCAAUCCGGCGGCUGCAGCUGCAGCGGCCGCCGCCGCGGCCGCCAUGGCGAAUGCCGGCCUUCAACCGUACAAAAAAAUGCGGACCAUUUAAAAAUUAGAAUUUUUUUUUUUUUUUUUUUGAGAAUUAAAAAAAAAAGAGAGAGAGAUAAUGUUAUGCAAAUUCGUUUUUGGCAAAAAAAAAAAACACAAAAAAAACAAUGCGACAAACAGGGGCCAUAUCCAGUUUUCAUUUUGAGUUCGUAAAGUCGAGUAGGUCGUUUUCAAGUUUUUGUUUUAUUUCAAUUUCUUUUUCGAAUUGUCGAUUCUUAUUUUAGAAACUAGAACCCAGGUGAAUAAUCGUUCGUUUUCUCUAUGUCUUAUCACUUUUGCCUCGCUCCUUUCGUCCGUUUUCAAUUUCUUCUUUUCAAUUUUCUUGGCUCGAGUUCAAUCGUCUUUAAAGAGUUUGGAAAGCGACGAAAAGAUUACAGUUGCGAGGAGCACAACCAAGGAAAGAAAAAAAAAAAAAAAAAGAAAAUAUCUAUAUAUAUAUAGGACAAUCCUAGUCGUGCGCGCGCAAAACUAAAAAGAAAAAAGGUGGGCCAUUUCCAAAACAAAAAUUUCAAUCAAGCAAACAUGUUUCUGUUCGUAUUCGACCGUAGUAAAAUUUUGAAUUCAAAUGCGUCUUCUAUUACACCACACGUAGAUAGUGUAGUGUAAUAAUUUUUGAUUCUUAUACGCGAUGCCCCCUUUCGUAUGUUGGCCAUUCUUGACGUUAGUUGCUAGCAGAUUGUUCACACACACAUACACACACACACACACCGAAAAGUGCCGGUUUCAAUUUUCGCUCGUGACGCCAUGUAUACUUCCUUCAUCAUAUCACGUUCACCUGGCUGAAAUUGAUACCUUGAAUUAGCCGCGUACCCCUCCCUCACCUGAACGAUGAGAACCCAAAAAAUUGUGUUGGAAUAAGCCAAAGAUUCAUACAGACAUUCCUCCCUCCUUUUUUUUUUUCGAAAGAAAUAUUUUCAUAUUUUUUUUUUUGUUUUUUUUGUUUUUUUUUAUUAAACAGUAUAUUUAUAAUAUAAGGGCAGGGAAUGUCGGAAAAGAAGAAGAAGAAGAGAAAAAAUCUUUUUUUUUUUUUGAAAAUGGAGAGCUGUAUGUGGUUGGGACGUGCUGGUCUAUUUCGCUUUUUUUCUCAUCUUUCCAUAUUUUUUUUUAUCCCCUCAUCUUUUUUUUUUUUUUUUUACCCCUGAAAAAAUAUUCCCACAACCUUUUUCUUUUAUUAUUAUAACGGAAAAAAAAAAAACCUGCCUUUCCCGAUCUUUCCACACAAAAAAACACGCCAUCUUUUAUGACAAUCCAACCUAUCCCUCCCCGCCUAAGAAAUGGAAGAUAUUCCUCUUCGUUAUGACAUUUCAUUUUCUUUGGGGGAGGGGAGAGGAGGAAUACCAAAACACAAAUCGGCAAAUCCAAAAAAGAAUUUUUUCCUUUUCCUUAUUAAUUCCUUUCCUUCCUUUCACUCUGUUCCUUUAUUUGGUCAAACAACCUCUUGCUGCAGUUGCUAUUUGACUCACUACACAUACACACACACACACAUGAUUACAACACAACAACAACACACAGUGCGUUUCGAUAGUUUUUGCCCAGUUUCUUUUCGCAUUCUUACCGACAUUUUUUCAAUCCACUGAGAGUUUUUAAAAGAAAUUUGAAAAAAAACGUUUUUUUUUUUUUUAUAAAGCAUUUACCCGAAGACAAUGCGCAAUUAUAAUUUUUGUUUGCUUCACGUUUGUUACAUGGUCUUUUAAAAUAUUUUAGUGCUACAGCCAUCAGAUGAUUUCCCUCUCUUUUAUUCUUCUUCUCCCCGAGAGCUUUUUUUUUUCUAGCUUAAAUACUUUUGAUUGUAUUAUCCAGUCACUUGUCGUAAACUUUUGAAAUUUCCCCCCAGCGAAACGAAGGGUGUUAAGCAAUUUUCAUUUUUGGCUGGCAACGGGAAGGUUCACUUUCUUGAUCGUAGAAAACAAAAAUCCGGUUAGUUCAAUAGUUGAUUUUUGAUUACGCCACCCUUUAAAUAAUAAAAAAAAAAUAAACUUUCGUAUCCAAAUGUGGAAGAAGAAGAGAAAAUGAAGUAGAUCCCUAAUAGUUUGACAACGGAUAACACGGACUAACACGUACACACACACACACACACACAGACGGAACGUUGUUGAUUUGCUAAUGGCGAGUGCGUAAUUCAUGGAAGCUGUGCUAGAAAUUAUUGUGGCGUUGUUCGUUCACUUACCAAGUAUAUAUUUAUAUAUUUAGUAGAUGCCGCGAGAAAGUGCAUGACAUUUUUUGCUCUUGUUAUUUGGACGUUUGCCCUGCCCUCAUUUGCAUUUCCGGUUUCCCCCUCCUCUUGAAUCGCCCCGCUCUUUUUCCUCCGUUGAUUUAUUCAGUUUUCUCGGACUCGGUGACACGCAAAACAA